UAAGUUUAGUAGAUCAAAAAAAAUAUAUAUAUAUAUAUAUAUACACAUAUAUAAAACAUAUAAUCAGUGCUUGCUAAUAAUAUACCAUUUUUAAAAUAUCACUUAUUACAGCAUAUUUUAAAUUUUUUUAUGACGCGAUGGACAAACCAAAUUACGCUUUGUCCGAAAGGCUAGCUGCAACGGCUGAAGUUCAAGAUAUAAUAAACUUGGUAAAAGAAGAACUGUUCCAUCGAAGCAUUCAUUGUUUGGAUAUAUACGACGCUGUUACUUAUCGAUUUCAGUCUACAAAUUGUGGUACCAAUAUUUUAAUCAAGGUUCGAGUCAGCCAUGGAAGAUUUCUCCACGCCAAAGUAUAUGUAGAUUUCAACAAUAACAUUAAACUGAUCUACGUUGACGAUAACAAAGGAAUUUGUGAUCCACUUAGUCCGCGUGAUAUUUAAUAAAUAGUUAAAGAAGUAA